UCUUUCUUGUAACGUCAGUUAGUUUAUCACUAGUAAGAUAGGGCUGGCAGUUCUCAGAAAGUGAAGUACUGCACCAAAAGGCCCCAACAUGGCGCUGGGAAAGCCUCAAACAACAUUUUUAAUACUUGCCAUCUUCUUCAUAUUUUCUACGCAAAUCGAAGCUAAAGGAAAGUAUCGUGGCGGAGAAUGUGGAACCAAGAUGUACUGCAAUGCAACUAAAGGAGAAAGGGGUAUACCUGGUCUCGUAGGAUUGGUUGGACCACCAGGGUUGCCAGGUUUUCCAGGACCAGAAGGUGCAAUUGGACAACGAGGAGAACGAGGUGAAUUCGGAGAAGCAGGAGCUACAGGACCAAAAGGAUCCAGGGGUGUGAGAGGAUACCCCGGACAUCCAGGAGCGCAUGGAGCUAAUGGUAUCAAUGGUUUACAUGGAACUCGUGGCCCACCGGGUUUGCCAGGAUGUAACGGAACUAAGGGUGAAACUGGACCUCGUGGACCAAGUGGGUUGCCAGGUUUGAAUGGAGAAGUUGGAUUUUCAGGAUCUAAGGGUGACAAGGGUCAACCUGGUGAAGUUUUAAACAGAGUUCCCGGAAAGAAAGGUGAACCAGGAAGACCUGGGUUGGAAGGUCCUUCGGGUAUCCCAGGAGAAACUGGACCAGUCGGACCAAGAGGUUUUAUUGGGAAUCCAGGCCCACCUGGCCCUCCUGGAAAUGAUGGACCCAGGGGAGACAAGGGUCAGAUGGGUCUUGGAUUCCAAGGCACAAAAGGAGAAAAGGGCGAUCGAGGUGACCAAGGCAAGAGCGGACAACCCAUUGAAGUUCCCCAUACAGGAGCAGCUACAGGGGACGAAACACCUAUAGACGGUUUCCGCGGUGAACCAGGAGACCCAGGACCAAGGGGACCAGCAGGUUCAAAGGGAAUGCGUGGCGAUACUGGACCAUCUGGAGAACAGGGUUUGACAGGAAUGAAAGGACCAAAAGGAGAAAAGGGCGAAUACGGACCUCCAGGACCUCAGAGUACGAAAAUUGGAAAACCUGGAAUUCCGGGAAUAAACGGUUAUGACGGUGAAUCCGGAGAACGUGGUACCCCUGGGCGUCCAGGCCGAUCAGGACGUACAGGAGACAAAGGAGAGCCAGGUUCAGUUGGACCGCCAGGCCCACCUGGAACAUCAGGACUUAACGGAAUUGCAGGACCCCCAGGAUCACCGGGAGUACCAGGUAACGUUGGCCCAAAAGGUUAUCGGGGAUUUGAUGGAAUAAACGGACAACCCGGAGCAAAAGGAGAAGCUGGAUUUCCAGGAGAAACUGGAGAAGAAGGACCUGUUGGAUUGCCAGGUGUUGGGCUUCCUGGUAGACCAGGACAAGAUGGGUUGCCUGGAAAACCUGGUGCUGUUGGUAAUUCUGGUACUCCUGGCAGACCCGGUGAAAAAGGAGACGCUGGAUUGACAGGACUGACAGUUCGUGGACCUCCUGGUGACGAUGGUCUUCCUGGACGCCCAGGAGUCACUGGCCCGCCAGGAUCACCUGGCCCAGUCGGUACCCGUGGUAGAGAUUAUAUCAUUACUGAAGAGGACAUGUCGAACAUGGUCACUCCAGGGAAACCUGGUUUACCGGGACCUCCCGGACCCGCUGGAAGCCCAGGACAACCUGGGGCAUCUGGACGUACCGGACCGCAUGGGCCAAAAGGAGAAGAAUGUGGGCUCUGUCCUGUUGGUCCUAAAGGAGAACCUGGAAUCUCAGGUCUAUCGGGUCUCCCUGGUUCUGCGGGGAUUGACGGAACCGUAGGAAAGCCUGGAACUCCUGGAGAAAAAGGAUUGGGUGGAAUUUCUGGAUUGCCUGGAAGACAGGGAUCACGAGGACCCGAAGGAUUUCCUGGAGUUGAAGGAUCAAAAGGAGAGCCCGGAGAAAGCACUAUAAUUGAAAUAAAAGGAGAAAAGGGAAGUCCAGGUCCCAGUGGAAUCGCCGGUGAACCAGGAAGGAAUGGUCUUCCAGGAAGGGACGGUUUUGAUGGACCAAUGGGCGAAAAAGGAAUUCGCGGAGAGGUUGGGCCACCCGGUAGUAUGGGGUACAUGGGAGAACAAGGCGGCAGAGGGUUGCCUGGUUUACCUGGACGAGAUGGACAAAGUUUGCCUGGAGAAACUGGAUCUAAAGGAGCAAAGGGAGAGGAAGGAAUGAAUGGACUACCAGGAUUGCCUGGUCAAUUAGGACCAAAAGGAGAGCCUGCUGCAUCACGCAUAAUCACUGGUGAACAAGGAGAACCAGGAGAUUCCGGACGACCAGGAUUACCAGGACGAGUUGGUGCUACCGGAGAAAGAGGUCCACCAGGUUUAGAAGGACGAGCAGGAUUACCAGGCGAGAAAGGUCAGAGUGGCCCACCUGGAUUACCCGGUCUUAAUACCAGAGGACUACCAGGUGAAAAGGGUUACAGUGGAAUGUCCGGUCUUCCUGGCAGAUCUGGGUACAAUGGAACAAGAGGUUUGCCAGGUCAACGAGGGUCGAUAGGCAUGAAAGGCUCUCAGGGUGAACCAGGAAUUGGACUUCCAGGUUUAACUGGAUAUCCAGGAGAAGAUGGCGAACCAGGUUUACCAGGAAUGCAAGGAGAACAAGGGUUGCCAGGUUUGAGCGGAAUAAAUGGCCUUCCAGGACGCGAUGGAUCUCCCGGCAGACAAGGUGUCAGAGGAAAUAUUGGACCUCCAGGACCGGCUGGUGCUAAAGGAGAAAUCGGUGAAGGAAGACCAGGGCCAGCCGGACCUGAAGGACAAAGAGGAUUGCCAGGUCUUACUGGUGCAACUGGGCUUCAGGGACCACGUGGAGACCCCGGACCUCCAGGUCGAGAUAUGGUAGGACAGAGAGGUGACGAUGGGGACGAAGGCUUACCAGGGGUCAGAGGUGAAUCUGGUGAUCAAGGAGAACCGGGAAUACCAGGACUUGGAGGAUUACCAGGUGGUAGAGGCGAGAAAGGAAACACUGGACCACCAGGACGACCUGGACCUUUAGGAUUGCCAGGCACUGAAGGACCUGUUGGACCACCUGGCGAUCCAGGACUUCAAGGAGAAAUUGGUGCUGAUGGAAUUCCUGGUCUUCCAGGCUUACAGGGUGAAGUUGGCCCCACGGGUCCAAAAGGAGACAUGGGGACAAAAGGAGAGCCCGCUACAUUGGAUGAUAAUUCUAGCUUGACUGCUAAAGGAACGAAAGGAACCAAAGGUGAACCGGGACUUUGGGGAUUAUCUGGUCCUCCUGGACAAGAUGGCCCAGAAGGACAAAAAGGACGUGCUGGCCCCCCUGGUGCCAAAGGCAUGACUGGUCUUGCUGGAAUCGGAAUUCCUGGACGACCAGGACGUGAUGGCAGACACGGAACCCCUGGACAGAAAGGAGAUACUGGACCAGCUGGAUUUAUUGGUGGACGUGGUCCUAAAGGUAUGCAAGGUUUACCAGGCAUCAAUGGACGACAGGGACCACCUGGACCAGUUGGAAGACCAGGAGAAGAUAGCAUUGUUGCUGGAGAACCAGGGAAAUCAGGAUUACCAGGAAAAGACGGUCUCGAUGGAAUUCCUGGCCUUUCUGGCGACGAUGGCGAACCAGGAUUACCGGGACGUCAAGGUGAAAUUGGACCCCCCGGACCAAAAGGCAGUGGUGGAGUAACAGGUUUCCCUGGUGUUCGCGGAGAAAAGGGUGAAGCGGGACCACCGGGACCAGGUGGAUUGCCUGGUUUGGGAGGAAGAGACGGACCACCAGGUCCAGCCGGCGAAAGAGGUCCGAAAGGUUCUAUAGGACAGCCAGGUUACGCUGGAAGAGAUGGUUCACCCGGUAGAAACGGUGCGGCUGGAGAACCUGGGGAAUCAGUAGCUGGACCACCGGGACCAGCUGGGCGGGUUGGCAUAACCGGACCAAAGGGUGAAGUUGGACCAGUUGGACUUGUGGGAAGAGACGGACCGAUAGGAGAAAAAGGCGAACGUGGAUUUCCGGGAUCUGAAGGACAACGAGGGUUGCCAGGUUUGAUCGGACAGCGAGGUUUGUCUGUCAAGGGUGAAUCCGGUAGCCCAGGAUUGCCAGGAAGAAGCGGUCCAAAAGGUUCCCCUGGUGCAGCUGGUAUUGUCGGAUUGCCUGGUCAACUCGGUAUCAAAGGAGAAGUGGGAGAGAAAGGUUUGCCUGGUUUCAAUGGCUUGGCAGGCCAAGAGGGACCGAAGGGAGUUACUGGACCUCGAGGUCUUCCUGGUCUUCGUGGUUUCCCAGGGGAAAAGGGAAGUCAGGGCGAUGUCGGACUAAUCGGAUACCCAGGACGGGUCGGUGAAUCUGGAGAACCAGGGUUGCCAGGUUUGAAUGGGCGCGAAGGCAGAAAAGGAGACAAAGGUGUCAUCGGACCUGCUGGAAGCGAUGCAGCACCUAUUAUUAGAGACGGCCCGGAAGGCCAAAUCGGAGACACAGGGCCUGAAGGUUUGGCAGGGCCACCUGGUCCUCGCGGGCCAUCUGGCCCCAUUGGUAACACCGGAUCGAAAGGAGAACCUGGAUUUGAUGGAUUGGAUGGACGCCCUGGAACACCAGGAGAUCGAGGAGAGCCCGGAAGGCAGGGUCCUGUUGGUUUCACUGGACCAGCUGGACGCGACGGUCGACCAGGAGUUCCAGGUCAGCCUGGCGAUUCAGGAAUUUCUAUUCUUAAUCACGGAUAUUUUUUGACGAGGCACAGUCAAACAGCCGACGUUCCAGAAUGUCCAACUGGUAUGCUAAGAAUGUGGGCAGGAUAUUCUCUCUUAUUCUUGCAAGGAAAUGAGAGAGCUCACGGGCAAGACUUAGGACAAGCUGGUUCAUGCAUGCGUCGAUUCAGUCCAAUGCCCUUCUUGUUUUGUAACGUUAACGACAAUUGCAGAGUCGCAUCAAGGAACGAUUACUCAUAUUGGCUUUCAACACCAGAACCUUUCCCGAUGUCUAUGGUGGCUGUAACAGAUGGAGACAUUGAACCGUACAUCAGCAGAUGCGCUGUAUGUGAAGCACCUUCACUAACACUCGCUGUCCAUAGUCAAUCUGACAUCGUACCGGAUUGUCCUGAUAACUGGGAGAGUCUAUGGAUCGGAUACAGCUUUGUAAUGCACACAGCAGCAGGCGCAGAAGGCAGUGGACAAUCAUUGCAAUCUCCAGGUUCUUGUCUUGAAGACUUCAGAGCGGCUCCAUUCAUUGAGUGCCACGGGAGAGGAACUUGCAACCAAUAUGCGAACGGAUACAGCUUCUGGUUGGCUACUAUAUCACGAGAUCAACAAUUUAAAAAACCUGUCUCAGAAACGUUAAAGGCGGGAGAUUUGAGACAACGAAUUAGUCGAUGCGUUGUUUGCAUGAGAACUCACACUGGUAACGAUUCCCCAACAAUCGUACGUCCUCCAAUAAGGCCCCAACCACCACGAGGCCCAACAACAGGAUUCUUUGAUGAAGAACUUCCGUAAAGCGAACUUUGGACAUAAAUUGCCAAAUUUAAAUACUAUUGCAUUGUGGAUAAAAAUAGAAUUAUGGGAAGAGAGUUGAUGAUUGGUAACAGUCAUGAUAUAUUUUAAAGCCAGAUGAAACGUUUUAUUUAUAUUUUCUAUUUUCAGGAUUUCCUCCUGAAAAGGUUGAAAUUUAUCAAAAAAAAUAAUUCACCAAGGACCACAAGCAUCUUGUUUUUGCAAUUUAUUUUUCUUCCUUUCUAUUUUUUUUGCUUACAUUUUUAUAUCAUCGAAUUAAACAGCAUAAUAUGAGCCUUUUCUCAUUAUUUUUGUGUAUUAUUUUAUGUUUAUUAAAUGUUUGUUUGUUCUGUCAUUAUUUGUUUUGACAAUCUUUGGUAACAUAGCAGAUGACACCGCACAAGUGCCUUCGACUGAAGUGUGGCAUCAAUUUCGUGCCACCAUCUUAGAACAUAGCAGAUGAAACCACACAAGUGCCUUUGUGGCAUCAAAAUUCGUGCCACCAUCUUACAAAUUUAUUACUUAUAGAUUCAGUGUUUUAGUAUCGUUUCAUUGAGUUCUACUGAAGCUUAAUUUCAAUAUCUUGUCUCUUGUACUAUAAUCAAAUGUUAAUAAUCAAUUUUUCACUAAUUUUUCCUGAAAAUAGCACGGAAAACUGUUUGCCCAUUUGCAGAGUUGCUAGUAUUCACCAAUUUUCAUAUUCUUCGUAUAGAAAAACAAAAUUGCGAAUAUUCAACACUCAUAUUUGCCUGUCGUUACAGAACCGCCAGCCAUUCUGAUUGGAUCGGACAACAUUUUCAAAUUUUUGUUUAAGUGAAAUAUCAAAAUUCAUAAUGCUAUCGAAAAAUUUAAAAAAUGCUCUUUUAACAACAUAAAGGCAUCUUUCGGGACAAUAUAAGUUAAUCUGUCAUAUUUACCGUCAUUUACCAUUCUUCCACUAACCUCUGCGUGCUAUUAAUCACUUUGGUUCAUUUCCUAAUGAUUUUCCGAACUUAGCUUAGUGCAUUGACUAACACGUGUAAUGUCUUUAUACAUAGCCUGAUCUCGAUUACCUACUCAAUCCGCCAAAAUCGCAAUUUUGAAACUUGUAAAAAGUGUGGAAAUAAUGAAAUUAUAGAUUUAUUAACCAAUUUUUUAAUCAAAACUUGAGAAAAAGUUUUUUUUUGUGAUUCAUUGACAAAUAAUUCUUUAACCAUAAUUCCCAGUAAUUCAAUAAAUAAAACUGAAAAAAAAUCAUGUUAAGAUCUAGAAAAAUUGAUCUUUAUCACCGACAUAUUAUCAAAAAAAUUUAAGCGAAAUAAUAAUGACGUCACCAAAUGUCGUCAUACGUCCGUUUCAUAUUAAUUUAGAAACAUGGAUAAAUUUUUCAAAUAUAGUAUCAUCUCUGUAUUGAAAUUUGUCGAUAAUUGUAAUCAUUUGAUAUCUAUAACAUGCUUGUUUGACAUCUGCUUUUAAAUGAUUUGUUGCGUCAUAAUAAUUACGUCGCAAUCAACCAUUUUCAUUCUCUAUUACAGUAAACGCCUUCUUUUAACUAUAUGUAUACAAUUAUGCCUUAUUUGCGUAUUUAUAACCGAACCUCGAUUCCAUUGUGGCUCUUUAAAUUUGGUCAUAGAUUAUAUAUUUAGCAAACUCUUUGGAA